UUUAACUGUGCGCCCGGUUCUUCCAAUUUCCACCCAACGAAGCCAAAGCCUCCCCCCAACGCUGCUCCGCUCCGGCGGCGAACCCCGCUGACCCCGCCGAGGCCGGCGACCGCGCUGCGGGCUCUGAUCGCCCCGCCGCCUCGCCCCGUGCCUACCUGGUAUCUGCCGCAGCAGCAGCCGGCCCGGCCUCCCCGUCGGCGUCUUCUGAUCCAGCCGCGUCGCGCGACAUCUCGUCGGGCGAGUCCUAUCCCCGCCGCUGCCCAGGAACGAGGCGUCUCCAAGCCCUGAGGGAAAUUCAGGGAUUUUAAGACUGAUACGACGGGAUCCUGGUGCAAAUGAGGGGAUACGAGUAUGAAACCAAUGGUUACCAUCGGGCAGUGGAGGAUGACUACGAAGAUGAAUACUAUGAUCAAGAUGAGUAUGAGGAGGAAGGUUCAGGUGCUGGGGAGGAGUAUGUUGAGGAGGAAGAGCCUACAGAGGGACAGAAGGAGAUCCUUGAAUUGAGAGAACGAUUAAAGGAGCAGAUUAGGCGAAAGGCACAGGCUUCUGGUGCCAGCACAGCUGGCCGCUCAUCUUCUUCACAUAAUAGAAUACCUCCAACCAGGGACAAAUUUGGCUCCUUCUUUGGGCCAUCCAAGUCGGUGAUUUCUCAACGAGUGAUUGAAGAAAGAAAAUCAAUGAAAGAACUGCAUAGCACAGUCUCAAGAGAUCCAAGAUCUUCUGGAAGGGACAUUCCAUCGUCCUCUAAAGUGCAAAGUAAAGGAAAUGGACUUAAGCAUAAACCAAAGAUUGUUAAUGAGGCAAAGAAGAAGGCUGAGGCACUUAAGGACAAUCGGGAUUAUUCAUUUCUACUCUCAGAUGAUGCUGACCUUCCAUCCUCUCCAAAGGAGAAGCCUGCAGCUAGAUAUUCGUUGAUUCAGAAGUCUGAUCGUGAGGUGAUGCAUUCAGCAGUAAAGGGCAAGGCACCAACGAGUCAACCUGCACGGUUGUCAAAUGGAUAUGGAUCUAAGAACACAUCGUUAACGCAAAGGCAUGCUGAAGGUAAGGUAGAUUCCAUGAGAAAGGAGGCUUUCUUAAAUAGAGAAAGGGCUGUUUCACGUGACAGUGGGAGGAUGCAUAGUAUUGUCAGAAAUGGAUCCAACCAGGCCAAUACAAGCAAAACUGCAAGCCAAAAGCUUCCAAGCAAGGGCCCUAUUGCUAAUAAGCAUCCUUCCAAGGAUGUGAAUGAUCUACCUAUGAGGAAGAGCAGUGUAACCUCAAGACACCAUAUUUCAGAGAUUGAGAGACCAAAAUCCUCGCAAAGUCAGAGGAUACAGUCAGCUGGUCAGAGACCACAGCAUUCUUCCCAUGGUCAGAGGCCACAACAGUCGGUGCAGCAGAGGCCACAACAGUCGGUGCAAAGUCGAAGGCCACAGCAGGUGUCACAGGGUCAGAGGCCACAGCAAUCGUUGCAGAGUCAAAAGAUGCAACAGUCGUUGCAAAGUCAGAGACUGCACCAAUCCUCACAUGUUCAGAAAUUGCAAUCCUCGCAAACCCACAGACCACAGCCGCAAAGUUACAGGUCUCAGCCGUUGCCAGGGCAAAGGCCACUUUCUUCGCAGGGUCAAUAUUCAGAGCAAAAAAGAAUUCACACAAAUGAUAGAGUAAAACAAGUAGAAAGGCAGAUUCGGCCUCCCUCGAAACCCAUGCCAUCUCGCCCAAUCUCUUCCAAUGGAACUCGUGAUGACCAUGCAAAGAGAAAGCAAGUGGCAAAAAGAAGAUUUGAUGAAGAUGAAGAGGAGGAUGACCCCCUUGCAAUGAUCAGAAGUAUGUUCAGGUAUGAUCCUAGUAAAUAUGCAGGCAGAGAUGAGGAUGAUAGUGACAUGGAAGCGGAUUUUGCUACUAUAGAGAGGGAAGAGAAAAGAAGUGCGAGGAUUGCAAGGCAAGAGGAUGAGGAACAACUCCGCCUGAUUGAGGAAGAAGAGAGACGUGAGCAGGAGAGGAAGAGGCGAAAGAUGGCACGUGGCCGAUAGCAGCUGAGUAGCUCCAAUAUAUUUGUGAUCUUUUGGAUGUUAUCACUGCAGAGGCUUGAACACAAGCCAUGAUCGAACAGACCGGCACUUCGCCGGCAAUUUGGAUCAACUGGUGCGUUGCGGACAACAGCGAGCAUAGUCGUGGGGAUUCUCAUGAGACAAAUCAAGAGAAAAAAACGGCAGGCUAGCAACGCUGGCAUGUCUUGCGUAACUGCAGAAUGUUAGUCGUAGUGGUUCUAGUUCCUGAAGCUGAUAUGGACCUUAGUUCUCCCUAGGGUGUCAAUGUUUUCCAACGUUGCAGCGCCUCAUCACAUUGCUGAGUGACUGUACAUGAUUUCUUCUCAUUAUACUGAUUCGUUCUGUUAGCCACCUAAAGAUGCCAAAUCCAGUGGCACCUCUUUCGAAUUUGUUUGGGUGAGCAGUGUUGUAAUAAACAAUGUAUUCCAGGUUUCACAUGUAGUUUUGUCCAUCAGGUCCGGCGAACAUUUA